AUGGCAUCUGACCCUCCGGGCCGAGCGGCAUGGACCGUGGCAGAUCUGCUGCGCUUCUCCCCUCCCUGUUCCCCGCCGCCUCCCCGCCGGCCAGCCUGGAACCGCUACCGCCUGUCAGAGAGCAUGAAGGGCCUGCUGGUGGCUCUCCUGGGGGGCGGCGUGCCAGCCGGCUUCGUCGCCCCGUUCACGCGGAUGGCCAACGAGGCCUCGGGCAUCCCUUCCCUGGAGAUCCUCCUGUUCCGGUGCGUCCUGCACCUGCUCUUCGCCUGCUACCUCCGCUGCCAGAAGGCGCCUUGCUUUGGGCCCCCGGAGGCCCGCCAGCGCACCCUGCUCCAUGCCUCCAUCAACGUCAUCUCCAUCGGCUGCGCCUACAGCUCCUUCAUGGUGGUCCCCAGCGGGAACGCCGCCACAGUCCGCAAGGGCUCCUCCACCAUCUGCUCCGUCUUGCUGGCGCUGUGCAUCGAGAACGGCCGCUUGACGGGCUACGACUGGUUCGGGCUGGUGGGCAGCACCCUGGGCUUAGUCAUCAUGGUGGUCCCGGACUUGCUGAACUUGGACAAGAGCACCCAGCUUUAUGACACCUUUGGGUACGUUUUGGCCUGCCUGGGAGGGAUGGCCUUGGCCUUGGGGCUGGUCAUCUUCAGAGCUCUGAACUUCCCGGCCAAGCUGGUGACGGUGGCCUUCCUGUUCGGCGUGGUGGGAAGCCUGUUGUGUUCUCCGGCCAUGUUCCUGCUGCAGGAUCCGGUGAUGCCCCUGGACCCCUUGACCUGGACUUGUGUGGUGGCCAUCAGCUUCCUUGCCUUGGUCUCCUUUCUGUGCGCCAGCUACGCCGUGACGAAAGCACAUCCAGCGCUGGUGUGCGCCGUCUUGCACUCCGAGGUGGUGGUGACCCUGGCCGUCCAGUACUACGUCUUGCGGGAGGCCGUCACACCCUUCGACAUCAUGGGGGCUGGCGUCAUCCUCGGGAGCAUCGCCAUUAUCACAGCCCAAAAUAUCAGCUGUGAUGCUGCCGAGGACGAGGAAGUGAUUGCGCACCUCAAAGGGACCCAAUAG